AUGAAGUUGGACGACGUUUUGAUUAAACUAGGAGAAUUCGGAUUGUACCAGAAGUAUCUAUAUUUAAUGAUAUGUUUUACCGCUAUAUACCCCGGAAUAUAUGCCUUGAUGUCUGUGAUAUUUCUCACUGCACCUGAUCACAGAUGUAAGAUCCCUGGUCUUGAUAAUGACACGUACGAUAUACACAGUACUUAUCAACAGAACCUUGUCAACAACUACAUACCUCCCCCAUUGGAUGGUGACACACAUGACUAUGACCAGUGCCACCUCUACUCGAUUGAUUACAACAAUGUCACGUUCUACAACUCUAACAGACCAAUUAACGCCUCACGCACUGAAUGUAAGGAAUGGGUCUACAGUGAGUCAGUGUUUAAGGAAACAUUCACAUCGAAGUUCAACAUAGUGUGUGGUGACAAAUAUAUGACGUCAUUUAUCAAGUCCCUCUUCUUCGUCGGGAAGCUCGUUGGUGCAAUAAUUUUUGGCAAUCUUUCAGAUGGAUUUGGACGAAAGGUUGCUUUCUAUAUUGGACUGGUGGCGAUGUUCGGAUUGACGUUCGGAAUGUCUUGGUCACCAUCCUACAUUGUGCUUGGUAUCAUUUUAGCGGCUAUUGGUGCCGCUACACAGGGAGUCUACCCAGUCGGAUUUGUUCUCGGUGUGGAGUUAGUUGGACCAUCAAAGCGGAAAUAUGCUGGUAUGGUAAUCAGCUUUUUCUUUUCACUUGGCUUGAUGUUUGUGGCUGGAGUUGGCUACUUCGCUAGACAUUGGUUCUACAUCAACAUAAUAUGUUCAGUACCGGCUGCUGUAUUCAUUUGCUAUUGGUGGCUGAUUCCUGAAUCUCCUCGGUGGUUGAUUAAUAAACAAAGAUACGCAGAGGUGAACACCAUUAUUCAGAAGGCAGCUAAGGUUAACAAGGUGAAAAUAGAAAAGAACUUAUUCAAAAAGGGAACAGAAACGGAAACGACAGCACCACCCGGGAGGAUGUGGCAUCUGUUUUCAACGAAGGUCAUGUUAUUUAGGACACUCGUCAUCCUUUACAACUGGUGCAUAGUGAGCAUGAUUUAUUAUGGGCUCUCUCUAAAUGCUGGCAACCUCGGUGGAGAUUUCUACCUGAACUUGUUUUUAUCUGGACUAGUGGAAAUUCCGGCUAAUACCAUGGUUCUAGUAUUACUGGAUCGAGCUGGUCGGAAAAAAGUCUACUGUCUCAGUAUGAUACUUGGGGGAUGUGCAUGUGCAUCGACAAUUAUCCCCAUUCUGAUAGGUGAAAAGGAAAACCAGGUUAUUAUCACAAUACUUGCCAUGAUUGGUAAGUUUGGUGCUACUGCCGCUUUCAAUACGAUCUACUUUUACUCGGCGGAGUUAUUUCCAACUGUAGUAAGGAAUGCUGGGAUGGGUGCUAGUUCCUGCGCCGCGAGAAUCGGAGGAAUUGUGUCACCAUAUAUAGCCGACUCAGCAAUUUUGAUAGGCGGUAUGGUCGGUAAAGUGUUUCCACUGGGAGUGUUCGGAAUACUGGCGAUUUCAGCGGGAUUGUCGUCAUUGUAUUUACCAGAAACACUGAACAGAGCCUUACCGGAAACCAUUGAAGACGGGAAACAGUUUGGAAGGUCUGCUUCCCUGUCUAAAGAGAAAUACGAAACCAAAGAAAACACCGAGAACCUACCGCCUUGUUAUGAUAACAACGGAUACGUACCACAGAAGGAAAUGACCAAACUAUGA